AUGGUUGAUCCCCUUAUUUUACAGAAUGAACCUACUCACAUUUCUUGUGAUUCCUCUGCAAAAUUUGUCGAAGAGACCUUUAUUGUAAAUAGCAUGAUGACCUGUGAUAAAAACCUGCCUUCUUUUGAUGGAGAAGGAAGUGAGACUUUCAAAUCUGCUGUUACAUAUUUAGUAAAGUUAAAUUCUGUGGAUAUCCUUGCCAUUUGUGAACCUAGAGUUCAAUUUUUAAAAUCUAAGACUGCUCUUCUUCAGCUAGGUUUCACUGAUUUUAAAAUUGCUGAAGCUAAUGGUUUUUCUGGGGGUCUUUGGCUUCUGUGGAAUAAAAAUAAGGUUUUGGUUGAUUAUGUCGAUCAUAACUCUCAAUCCAUCUCUGUUAAAAUCUCUCUUCUUGGUAAACCUGACUGGUUAUUGACUGUUGUUUAUGGUAGUCCUACUCACACUAUUAGAGCCAAUCUUUGGUCCUAUUUUGAAGAUCUUUUUGCACGUGUCAACCUUCCUAAUAUGCUUAUUGGAGAUUUCAAUGAGCUUGUUGCUACUUCUGAGAAGAGUUAUGGGUCUCUUUCUGGGAGAUUUGGGGGUAUGAGAGAGUGGAUUAACAGAAGUGCUAUGAUUGACAUGGGAUUUUUUGGCUCCUGCUAUACUUGGUCAAAUAAAAGAGUUAAAGAAAGGCUUGAUAGGGGUCUUUGUAGCUGUUCUUGGAGAAGCUCUGUUCCUGAGGCUUUUAUUUCUCAUCUCCCUAGAACUAGAUUUGAUCAUUGCCCUAUUCUUAUGCAAUUGCAAUCCAAUAAUUAUAUUAAUAGAAAUGCAGUUCCUUUCAGGUUUCAGGCAAUGUGGUUUUCACAUGAUUCAUAUGCUGAGUUUGUUGUGAACACUUGGAACUCUCUCUCGGGUCCUUUUUCCUCAAAGAUCAAGAAGAUGGCAGCUGCUCUCUCUAAUUGGAAUAAGGAGGUGUUUGGUCACUUGUUUCAGAAGAAAAAGAAGCUUCUUGCUAGAAUUGGUGGGAUUCAAAGAGCAAGAGAUAGGUAUGAGAAUCCCUUUCUCAUUAAUCUUGAAGCUGAACUUAUUCAUGAGUAUGAGAAAAUCAGAGAUCAAGAGUGCAUAUUUUGGAAGCAAAAAUCUAGAGACAAUUGGAUUCAAGGGGGUGACCGAAACACCAAAUAUUUUCAUUUAACCACUCUUGUUAGAAGACGAAAAAAUAAAAUUGAAGGCUUAUUUGAUUGCCAUGGUAACUGGUUUGUUGAUGCUGAUUCUAUGACAAAAAUUGCCGUGGGCUUUUUUAGUGAUCUUUUCUCCCAGCCUGAUUUAGAAGAUAGUAGAAUAACCAUUCCUUGGUUAUUUUAUGAGAUUGAGAAUGAGUCAUUGCUUCAGACUGCUAAACAUGUCACUCUUAUUGAGUCCAGUUCCAUUCUUGUCGGAUUGAAUCACACCAUUCUUGCUCUAAUCCCAAAGACUGAUGGUCCUCAACAUAUGGUCAAUUUCAGACCAAUAAGCUUAUGUACUACUGUCUACAAGAUCAUUUCCAAAAUCAUUGUGGCAAGAAUCAGACCUCUUAUGCAGGAUUUAAUCAGUCCAAAUCAGGUCAGCUAUGUGCCAAGGAGACAAAUUUCAGAUAAUAUUAUGAUUGCUCAUGAGGUUCUCUUCAAGUUCAAGAAAUCUUCUGGUAAACUUGGUUUCUUUGCUUGGAAAGUUAAUCUAUCGAAGGCUUAUGAUAGAUUGAAUUGGAAUUUCAUUGAGAUGUCUGUAGUUGAUUAUCAUAAGUGGAAACCUGUUUCUGCUUCUCAAUCUGGGCCAAAGAUUUCACACUUAUUCUUUGUUGAUGAUCUCAUGUUGUUUGCUGAGGCCACUCCAUUCCAAGCCUUCAUUUUGAAAAAAUAUCUGGAUACUUUAUGUGCUCUCUCUAGGAACAUUGCUUAUACCAUCAGUAAGACAUGUGGUUCUCCUAUUACUGAAGACCUUGGAAAAUACUUGGGAAUGCCUUUAAUUCACUCUAGAACCAACAAAUUCACCUAUAUUGGGAUUGUGGAUAAGGUUCAAAAUAGGCUUUCAAGUUGGAAAAGUAAAGUGGUUACUAUGGCAGGUAGAUUGACCUUGGUCCAAUCGGUCACUUUUGACAUUCCUUUUUAUGCAAUGCAAACUGCAAAGCUGCCUAUUAGUCUUUGUGAAAAAAUUGAUAAGUUGAACAGAGAUUUUAUAUGGGGUGAUAUUGAAAACAAAAGGAGAGUGCACUUGAUGAAUUGGGACACUAUUUGCAGGCCCAAGCAGCUUGGUGGAUUAGGAAUUAAAAAAACUGCAGAAAUGAAUCAAGCUAUACUUGCUAAAAUUGGUUGGAGAUUGUUUUUGAAAGAUAGUGGUCUGUGGGCCAAUAUGUUCUCUUCUAAAUAUCUUGUUCAUGGUAGUUUGUUUGAAAGUGACUAUAAACCUCCUUCUAACCGUUCUAGUUCGUGGAGGAGUGUCAUGGCUGGAGCUAUUCUGAUCAAUAAGAAUCUUAAAUGGCGUAUUAGUAAUGGCAAAUGCAUCAAAUUUUGGUAUGACUUUUGGCUUUUUUCUCAAGGGUUGAGAAAGUUUUCUAUUUCUGAUGCUGUUGUCAAUGAUUAUACUUGUAUUAGUGAUUUUUGGGAUGAUGAGGGAUGGAGCUUCUCUCUCCUUAGUGUUGCUUUGCCUACUGAUAUUGUGGGUUUAAUCAUGAAUGUCCCUGCUGCGUUUGAUGAUUCCAUUCCUGACUCUAGAAUCUGGGGCUCUACUUCUAAUGGUACUUUUUCUGUCAAGUCUGCUUAUAAUUCUUUAUUUGACUUGACUGAACCUGUGAACCCUCAAUGGAAAACUAUUUGGUCUCUCAGUAUUCCUCCUAAAUUGAAAACUUUCUUUUGGACUGUGUUGCAUAAAAAGCUUCUUACUAAUGUUCAGAGAGCUACUAGGGGCUUCACUCAUGAUAAAACAUGUCCCAUUUGUCAUUCUGGUGAUGAAACUUUGCUUCAUCUCUUAAGGGAUUGUCCUAGAGCUAUGUUGAUUUGGAAAUCCUUUUUAAAACCUGGUAACUUGUUGAACUCUUUCACCUUGGACUGGAAUGGAUGGAUUUAUGCUCAACUGCACUGCCACUCUUUGGUUAGAGAUAAUAUUCAGUGGUGUAUUCUCUUUAUUUUUAUUUGCUGGUUCAUAUGGAAGUGGAGAAAUAAGCAAAUUUUUGAGAGCAAUUUUGUUAUGCCUAUCUGUUUUGAGAAGAUCAUCUGGGAGUAUGCAAUUGAAUGGAAAAAUGCUCAAAAUAGAGCUAGCUCUAGUUCUAUGUUCAGCUAUACUAUGCUAUCUUGGAAAAUGCCCCCUGAAAAUUUUUUCAAGCUCAACACUGAUGGCACUAGAGCUACAGUCUCAGGCAAAAUUGGUGCAGGUGGGGUAAUUAGAGACCAUUUGGGAAUUUGGAUCACUGGAUUUCAAGUGAAUUUGGGAAUUGGUGAGAUUCUUGAUACAACUGUGAACUUAUUCAAUCUGGGAAUAAUACGUUCCCCAUUUUCUUUAUCUUUAGAAUUACACUGUUUAAAAUAA